AUGGCUUUACAGGACCUAUGCAAUUUCCAGGACAUCUCCCUGGACAGUGUAAGCACUGAAUGCUCUUCAGUGCCUUUUGGAAAGAAGACUGGAUGUGAUCUCUCUUUUAUGCCUGUUAGCAACAGCACAAGUCUGUUUAAUUUUUAUAUACCAGUUGCAGAUUACCUAGAUGAAAGCCCGAUACAGUUUGGGCAAAUCAGCACCAUCCAGAGCUCCAGCAAUAUCUUACCUCAGGACUCCAUCCUACCAUCCCUCUCUUUGCCCACUAGUCCUCUUCUGGAUUCCUCUCGGCCUGUCCCUUUGCCUUUUCCCCUUUCUCAUGGGACCACCACCCUGGCUUUCAUGUUUCAGGGCGGUGUGUUGGCUGCAGCAGACACUCGUUCCAGUUGCUCCGGGCUCGUGGCAUGCCCAGCCUCCCAGAAGAUCCUGCCCAUUCACAGCCACUUGGUCAGCACCACCUCGGGCACCUCAGCCGACUGUGCCCUUUGGAAACGGAUUCUGUCUCGAGAACUGCGGCUUUACCAACUCCGCCACGGCCGGCGGUUGUCCACAAGCGGAGCUGCCAAACUGCUUUCACACAUGCUUCACCCAUUUAAGGGAACUAAGCUGUGUGUGGCUGCCACGUUGUGUGGGUGGGACGGAGGAGAGAAAAUCCAUUUCUCUGGACCCAGUCUGUUUUAUGUGUGCAGUGAUGGUACUCGCCUGCAGGGAACACUCUUCUCUGUGGGCUCAGGAUCCCCCUAUGCCUACUCAAUUUUGGACCAAGGAGUUAAAUGGGGACUGACAGUUGAUGAGGCCACAUCAAUAGCCAGAGAGGCUGUGUACAGAGCCACACACAGGGAUGCAUAUUCAGGAAACCAUGUAGACAUCUAUCACAUCUCCUCAAAAGGAUGGACUCGCAGGAACAGAGAGGAUCUGAAAGAGGAAUAUUACAGAGAAAAGGAAAGACAAGAGAGAAGGAUGAGACAGGACGUGACUUUGUCUGAGUAAAGACAUGAAACAAACUAAAAUGGCAUGAGAAAAGAAAGGCAAACAUCAGGGAGUAUUCUGGAGAGACGUGAUGGCAUCUUUGCAGCAGAUACUAAAUUAAUGAACAGGACAGGCAGUUGCAUCCUCCAGGCUAUUUCUCAA